CCAGGACGGUCAUAUACCGGUGACUCGCAGACCCUGAUGGUUGCGAAUGAUACGCUGAUCCUUCCGCAAUCGGUGCACAAUCCUGGCGGCAAUAAUGCCAUGAUGGCCAUCAGCACCAAAGACGGGAGCUUCCUUUGGGAUUACGUUGGUGAUGAACUCAUUUGGAACUUUUCCCCGGCGUAUCCCGGGGAUGAGACCUUGGUCGUCGGUUCUGGAUGCGGCACCGUGUACCGCAUCGCCUUCGGGGGGAAGCUCCUGUGGAAGGCCGGCGUCCAGAGCGGAAGCCCCAUUUUCUGCGGCACUGGGGGUGCUGCGCUGGGGCCCAACGGAGUCAUCUACCACGAGUACAACACAUUGGACGACAACUCUUUGCAGGCCGCCCUGGGCAUCAUCAAGGGCAAUACCUCAGGAAUCACCGGGCACCUGGCCGCCUAUCGCCUCAGCGACGGGCAGAAACUCUGGCAAAAGGAGUUCGGUCCACGCUACUUAGGCAUGCAGUACCCCUCGGUGGGGAGGCUGGGCCCUUCCGGGCCGCUGGCCGUGGUGGUGGCCGUCGGCGAGAACCCCGGCACGCCGGUUGUCAUGGAGAAGGAGGAAAGAGCGAGAUAUUUGGCGGAUCCGGAGUACCGGAAGAAGAUGGGGGUGCCGACCUUUGUGAACGCGGUGGUCGCGCUGGAUGCGGAGAGCGGGGACCAGCUGUGGCGCUUCGAGGAGGAGCCCUGGAAUCACUUCGGGGCGGCCGGGGACGAGGAGCGCGUCCCCGAGUUCAAGGACAGCAUCGAAAACCCGAUUUGCCUGCCGGACUUGCAGGGGAUCCCGGUGAUCAACUCCUAUGAUGGCACCGUCUACGCCGCCAGCGCCCAUGCCGGCAAUCUCACAGCCAUCCGCGACCUGAACGGUGAUGGAAUUAUCCAAGAGUCAGAGACCAAGGUCUUCAGCCCUGGGAUUGCUUUCCUGAACUCGCCCUCCUGGGCUCCCGGCAUGGGGGUGGUUGCCCCCUGCUGGGGCCCCAUGUACGUCUUCAAGAGCUGAGACCGGGCGCUCGGAGCGCGCGCAUGAUGAAGUGAUGCGGAACAAGCUUUGCUGGUAAACAAGUUAUAGUGCUUUACCAAAGCCUCGAUGGUUUCCGACUGCUGAGGAAGUGAGUCCAUCUGCCUUCUCGCACGUAAGACGCGAGGAAAAGGGAUGGAGUUAUUUCAUGCAGCCAGAGGCCAAUCAGAACCGGCUGCCAGCCUCCCAUGUUUGUUUUUCUUUUUUUCUUUUUUUUUUCCGU